UGUCUCUGUUUUCAAAAUGGCUUCCCAUCGCAUGUUUCUGUUUUGUACUCGAAAUAUUUCCCCAUCGCUGCUUCGAUUAGCAACGACGAAGAAUCAACAGAUUUUACCCAUAAUCCCCCCAAGUGUAACGAUCGGCUGCCGCAAUUAUAACAAGUCCUUGUUCCCCUACGUCAGUGAACUGUACCGCAGGAGACUGAAAGUCGGACCUGAAAAGGAGAGACAUCGCUCAGAAUGGAUCAACUGGAAUUAUGAUGCAGAAAUUUAUGCUUUCGGUAAAAGACUGGGUGAAGAGUUCAGUGAAGACACACUGCGGAUUAUAUUCACAGAUAAGUCCUACAUCGAGAAGGACAAGGCUCGGCGGCAAGAGUUGGGUGUUGACGAAGAUGUUGUUUCUCUUGAAUUAGUUGACAAUGGAGAAAUGGCAGCAGAAGGUAAUUUAAUUGCAAGCAGAUACAUCAAGGCCUUCUUACGAUUCUCAUAUCCAGCAAUGUUUGAAGAAGGAAUCUGCGCCAUCCAUGAUUUUUUAAUGUCUGAGGAUAUCCUUGCUUCGACUGGUUUACACAUAGGAAUGAAGGAUCUCACUUUAACAGCCGAGUUUCCAGUUCUUUCAUCAACGAUGGCCACUGCAUUUUUGGCAGCUAUUGGAGGUCUUGCCCAAGACCAGGGUGUCAGACGAGCCGAGCGGUUUGUGAACCACUUCAUUCUUCCUCACCUUAUUGACAAAGACAUCAAUGACCUGUGGCCGAUCGAUAAUCCCAUGGGUCUCUUGAAGUCCAUUCUUCUUCAGAACAAGAGAGGACCACCAGAACCAAGACUUAUCCACCAGUCAGCCUCACAGACAAUCAUGUCUCUCUACUGGGUGGCCAUCUAUGGUGACAAAGAGAUGAUUGGCAAAGCUCCUGGAGAGACAGUCACAAUUGCUGAAGAGAUGGCUUCCAGAGAAUGCCUGAGACAAUUAAUGAAGACUUCACUGCAACAAAAGCCCCUUCUCCUGGGCCCUGCUGCCGAAGGUUUACAACUGGACUACAACAGAGUCAACCCCAGCAUCCAAAGUCUAGAACAGACACCAGAGAAACAAAAAGCCCUGGCCUAAAGUCCUACAAGACGCUUUCUCCUCUCUGUCUUUGGGUUUUGAUUGCAACGGAGACAAUGAACAUUCCUGGUUAACUGACUGGAGUCUGUCUGUGUGUCAGCGUAAUUAAUAGAAGCUGUGUCUUUGUUAUUGACUGUUAUUGUUAGUGAAACAUCUGCUACUGGCAAGGAGAUAUUGUUAUGUGAUGGCUUCCUUCAUCUUUCAGUCAUUUACCAUCCCAAGUCCUUCAACCUCUCCUCACGAUUUAACCCUCAUCCCAGUUUUCCCUCCUCCCCUCCCCUCCCCAAAUGCAUGGGAAUACAAUAAAAGAUUGGACCAUCACACAGAAUCUGUGCCAGGUUGUUGACUGUUGACCUUGUUGUUCCAUUUCUCUAUGAAAGACCACCAAUUAAAGAAGUUGUCGACAGGUCACAGGAAUAUUGUUUUAUGUCACCAAGCAGGUGACACAGGUUUAAACCAACAGUGAACGUCAGGACAGAAAUUAGGAACAAACUGUUAGGAUUUUUACGUAUGCAGUAAUUAGACAUUGUGAACACAAAUUUGAAACAGAAAGGACCUCACAUCCAAGGACAGCUUUCAAAUCAAGCAUUUAAUGCCUGCCUGGGAAACCCAGAAACCCAUCAUGUAGUUUCAUACUCCUUUCCUUUUCAAGUUGGUCAUAUAUAUAUAUAUAUAUGGAACCUAUAUAUAUAUAUAUACAUGCAAAUUAUAAGAGGUUCCAAACUGUCAGUCCCCAGAAGCUCAGUGUUGCACCUUUGUGUGUGUGUUUUUGCACAUACAUACAAAGGCAAAUAUAUGUCUGUGUGUAUAUAUUUAACCCAUAUUAAAACUGCAAUGUUUUUUUUUU